GUGAAAUACCUCCAGUGCAUAUCAUCCCGGUGUCCGCCGCCGCACCUCAGACCUGUACGGUGGCCGGCCGGCUCUCCCCUCCUCCUCCUCCUCCUCCUCCUCCUCCUCCUCCUCCUCUCCUCCUGACUUUUCGGUGUUUCCUGACUGCAUGUUCAGCCACACUGCCUCCCUCUGCGUCUUCACUUCGGCCCCGCCGCAGCCCGGGCGAGCAUGGACAGCCGGGUCCUCGAGCAUCCCCACGCCCAGUUCGGAGGCUCCUUGGGCGGGCUGGUGGGCUUCCCGUACACGCUCGGUCCGCACCACCACCACCACCACCACCACCAGCACGUCUACGAGCUGGCGAGCGGACACCAGCUGCAGUCCGCCGCCGCCGUGCCCUUCUCGAUAGACGGAUUACUUAACGGCUCGUGCUCGGCCUCGGUGGUCAGCUCCGGCGGGCUGCUGUCCUCCGACAGCCCGCAGUUCAAACUCUCAGAUCCGGGGGACCCGGAUAAAGACAGUCCCGGUUGUAAACGGAGACGCACGCGGACAAACUUCACCGGGUGGCAGCUGGAGGAGCUGGAGAAGGCUUUCAACGAGAGUCACUAUCCGGAUGUGUUCAUGCGGGAGGCGCUGGCGCUCAGGCUGGACCUGGUGGAGUCCAGAGUGCAGGUCUGGUUCCAGAACCGCCGCGCGAAAUGGAGAAAGAAGGAGAACACAAAGAAAGGGCCGGGCCGGCCGGCGCACAACUCCCACCCCACCACGUGCAGCGGCGAGCCCAUGGACCCCGAGGAGAUCGCGCGCCGGGAGCACGAGCGGGCCGAGAAGAAGAAGCGGAAGCAGGAGAGGAAGCUGCUCAAGUCGCAGAACAAGCUGCUGUCGGGCGACAGCUUCCACACGCCGGGCGGCUCGGAGAGCGACAGCGGCGUGUCCCAGUUCACCGACAGCGAGCAGCAGCCCCCCAACGCCAACGGGACUAUCCACAUCGAGCUGCCGGCCAGCAGGGGCGCCGGGGGACUCCAGACCGAAUCCAGCUGUGACCAAACGCGACACGACUACAGCCAACUGCAAAACCAUCCAAACCAAAGAAGCGGGGCGGGGGAGCCGGAGCAGGUCUCUCCGGGCAGCACGCACAGCUCCAGCCCCGGGGGAGGGGGGGCCGGCCCGCGCUCCUCCGCCCUGCAGAAGAGGAACCCUUUCAGCGUGGAGAGCCUGCUCUCCGACACCAUGCCUCGGCGCAAGGCGCCGCUGGACUUCCCCUCGCUGCCCAAUCAGAGGACACUGGUGGGUAAAGGCCACUUCUUGCUUUACCCGAUUACCCAUCAGCCUCUGGGCUUCCUGGUGCCCCAGACGGCGCUGAAAGCCGCGCCGUGUCCGGACGGCAUCGGCCGGCUGGGCCCGGGACAGCGGUGCGCGCCGAGCGAGGGCAGCCCCGCGCCCUCUGACCUCUCCAACUUUAAGCCUGUAAGCGGGGAUCGUACGGAGCGUAACGCACAGCAUCACCACAAUCACACCGGCGCCGGCGAGGAGGACGAGGGGAGACUCCCCGCCUCUCCCCCGGCGGACGGCGCGGCUCUGGCCAGGCUGGGCUCCUCGCAGUCCGGCGGCGGCGGCGAGGAGGCCAGUCCGAAAGUUGAAACGGAGGCGGAGACGGACGGCCGCCGGUCUGCCGAGAAGGCUGCGGGAGAGGAGCGGGCGUCGUCUCCAGACCUCUCCGAGCGUCUCCAGGCAAACACAGACUGUCAAGAAACACCCGGAACAGAUGGAGAGGAUGUCGAUAUGGACUAACACUUUGAAGGAGCAAACACAAACAGAGGACCAGGAACACCGCUCAGACUAGUCAAACAUUCCCAAAGCUCUGCUGAGACACUCGGAAACAUAUCAGGAAUCAGGAGACUUAAUUCUCAUCUAUUUUUUAUUCAUAAGGUGUGAUCAAUCCAGAUGGCCGUGCUCACGUUUCAGGCUUUAGGCCCAGACACCUUCUAGAAGCAGGUUCUUUCUCUUCCUUUCUUUCUUUUUUUUUUUUUUUUUCUUUGGUGACCAACUUGUAAGAAAAACUAAGACACAAUAAACAUCUUACACAACAGAAAUCCUCAGAUAUUGUAAAAAAAAAAAAAAAACAAAC